UUUGGUUUUCCGCGUUGAACGCCAUUGAUGAAAAGCUGUUCGGCUGCCACAGACCCAGAGUGGCUGGAAUCUGACCGUAACGUCUAGAACUAGUAAGCGCAAGGGUGAGGACCGGAGGGGCACUCGAGAGCCCUGCACGCAUUAGCUUUGGUAUUUACAACUUGAAGUUUCAACAUCUACAACUCUUGCCGCGACAUUUAGAUCGUAAGGAAUGGCGGUACCCGGGAUGGUCGGCAUCGCACAAAUGGAUCUCCCACCCGAUCCGGUCGAGCGAUUGGAAAUGUUGAACAAGUACUUGCUUCACUUGCAGGAGGAAUUGGGGUUGACGCAGUCGAAAAUUGGUGAUGCAAUCGAGGAGCUCAUCCGUGCGACAAGCGCUACUACUGACAAGCACAAGAAUGUCGAGACGGGAUCUGCGAAGGUGCGAAUUCGUUAUUCUGUUCAGCUCACGCAAACGCAUCUUCGUAUUCGUAAUCGUAUGAAGCACACACCGCAUGAACAAUGAAUUGAGUUGCGCUUUACUUUUCUACUUACUACGCGGCCUUAAUGUUGAUGCGUACUCAUCAAAAACAAAAAGGGCGUUGGCGGGGGAGAAGCGAGUAAUGUACUGGGCGACAUCGGGCUCGAGGAUUUCAAAAACCCGGCAAUGGGCAAACGGGAGAAGACGAAGAUGCUGGAACUUAUGAAGAAGAAGGUAGAUCAAUGAAUGGUGUUAACUUUUACUUUUUCGCGUUUUUUUUUUCAUGGAGGUAUGUUCGCUAUUGAAAGGCAAAGGCUAAGUCGUUAGUAAAUUCGUCCAUCUACAACACGGACAACAGAAACGAUAUAUGCUGAGUGGUGACUUCGGCGGCUCCCGCAUUCUGCCAGGCAUUUAUCUGGGGGGCGAGAAGAUCUUUGUCCACAGCACGGUGACCAAGAAUCUGCUGGAUUACAUCACUAGAUGCGUGUCGAUCUUGCCCGAAGAAGGUGUAACAGCCUCCCACCUGGCGCCCGAUUUUGUGAGACGAUCCCGUGCUGUCGACGACGACGAUUCGGUCGACAUUAUGCCGUCAAUUGAGGAACUACUACCCGACCUACAUCGGAUGGUCCGCGACGUGCUCCAAAAUCCCGGGUCGCUACCAGGGCCGGAAUUCGACACUGCGUUGGAAAACUACGUUUUGUCUCAGCCGAAGAAACUACCGCUGCAGGAACUCAUUCCAUUAGUCGAGUCCACCUUUCACUUCGAAGACGCAAAAUCGGCGGGCGACCCGCGACCAUUGCCGCAGACCGAGGUUCUCUUUUUGCACUGCCAGCAGGGCUGUUCCCGCAGUGCAACGCUCUUUGCCGCUUACUUGAUCGCGUUGCUCGGUCUCUGCAGUCCCUUCAAGCCGGAGGCCACCCGAAGCGUUGCGUUCGUUAUUCGUGCCAUGCGAAUCUGCCGGUUGCAGGUCGCACCAAACCGGGGCUUCUUUCUGCAGCUGGUAAAGUGGUCCAUGUCGCUGCGGCCACUCGACUUUCGUAGGGAGUUCCAGGACGCGGACACCACCAUGGCGACGGUCUGCAAAGAAAUGGCAUCGAACUGGAAGCAGUUUGCGGCCGGGGAGCUGCUUUCAGCAGAUGCGGCAAUGUUCGUCCAGACGACGGGGGACAUGUUCCAGGUAACGGAGGAACAUAAGUCCAGCGAUCGCGAAGCUUGGUUAGGACUGCAAGAGCGUGACGUGCAAAAGACGAGCAACCUGAAGUUCUUCGAGAGCAAGGAUAUGGUACAGCUUUUUCGUUCUGUUUUCUUUGGAAAUGGCUGCUCACCUUCUAGAUACCAGGGCACUUAAUGUGGGAAACUGAUUUUGAUGUCGGAGGAUAUUCCUGCAGCACGGGCAUGCAGCUCUGUGAGUUCUUGGAAUGGUACUCGAUAAAAAAAUAUUGGCAGAAAAUUACCUGAUCUUCUCGGCAGAACUCACUAAAGAACUGCACAAACUCUUAGGUCGCCAAGGGGAACCACGAGUAUCCGAUUCAACCGGAGAUAGUGGGCAAGGAUUUGGACCGCUGGGAUUCGCUAUCAUCAGGCGCGCAGUUACAGAAAAGCAUGAAAAAAUUUGUCGAUACGAGAAAAAUCGAAUCGGUACGAAUUCUGCUCGCACUGUUUGGAUCGGAUGAAAUUUACCGACUUUUUCUGUUUAUGUCCUGUAAUCGAUGACCCAUCUUCACUCGCUUCUUCUAUAUCACUAUACAAGGUGCAGCUCCAAGGUGACGGCGAGACCACGAAGAAGGCGAGGAAAGAUCGCAUUUCCAUGGGCAGAGACGACGUAAGCAUCAGCAACAAUUCCUUGGCGUUUUCACCAUCAAUGAACCAGGGAUCACCGGAUGGCGUCGGGAGUCAUGCGGUACCGUCUUUACUUGAGCCUAUCGCUAUCACCUGUGCUGCAUUCUCUCUAUGUUUUCCGUCAGCCCAACAUCGUAUUGAAGUACAAAUUGAAACUAGUCGACCAUAUCAUUGUUCGACUGUGUACAUUGAUUACCCCUUCGCAAACCAGGACGCGCUUCCGCUUUCCAGCAAUGCGGUGAGUGGUACGCUAAUGGAGCAAAUAGGAAGUGUAAUAGACCGACGACUACCGCAGCAAACAGUUUUCGAGUUCGUCCACAAGCAAGCCAAGCGCGCGGACGACAAAGAAGCCUGGCUAUUGCAGCGUAAGAGCAGUGAGCAGCUGACCGUGCGAAGGCAGCGCAGUUCCCAGGAAACGGAGGUCGAGACCGAAGAAACCAAUGCGGAAUUCGGCUUGAAGGACCACAUCAUUACACCUGCCGUCGUGAAGAGGGGGAAGGGAAACAACAAAAAAGAGUACUCCGUGCUGCACGUUGGCCAGAAGCUGCGCGACGAAAUCGUCGAGAUCUCCGAGGAUGCACUGUACGUCAUGCGACCGCGGAUGAGAAGCCGUGCAAUUGCGCCCGCGUCGGGUAAAACGUACUCCAUGCGGAUGCAGCGGACGAAUUCCCCGUUGAAGCAGCAGCGCAACCGUGGAUCCAAGCGGGACGAGGAGGCCGGCUGCAUAGAACCACCCCCGGCCCCGAUGAAGUUGCAAAGAUUGUAAUUGCCUACAAUCAAUAUCUUCAAGAUAUUCAUCUACAUGAAGAACGGAAAGUCGGGAGUUGUGCAAUGUACUGCCUCAAGGACGAGCGUACUACCUACAACCUUUACUACACCUAUAGAAGAAUAGCACAAGGUGUCGCACAGCGGUUACCUUCGAGUCUGUACUCCUAAGAGAACUCAACAUUUCAAAACGUGUGCCAGUGUACGUUUCUUUGCUGCUCAAAGAUAUGAGUAAAUCAAAUCGUUGCUGUAGGAUAAUGUUGCUGAGCUUGAAUAUAUAAAUGUGAUUUUGGUGCUAGCCGCUUCUAUAGUUUCUAGCUAUGGACCGACAGUGCCUAGAAUUUGUUUCCUUGUUUCCAAGAAAACUGUUUACGAAAAAGAAGCUUUGUCGUCUCUGAUUGGAAGGAGAGGAUGUUGCUUGAGAGUGUUUCCUAAUUACCACCAGCUGCCUGCGGCCCACUCAAAAGACAUUGCAUUUCAAAGUUGCUUCGACCUUCGCAGCAAAUGCACUAGGCACACGCCCAUCGUGAACCUGAUGCUCCCCGUAAUGGAGACGCUGCGAGGACAUCAUUGACAACUACAACUAAUUAUCAAUUUCAAUUUGAUAAAACCAAUAUUGUUUCCUGCCCGGCAACUACUAUUAAAAUCCUCCUUAAUAAAGAUAAAUGGCUGCUACAAGAAUGAAAAAUAAAAAAGAUUCCGCAGUCGACAAUCUUGUCUGCGUCAAUGAAUGAACGCGCAGGGGCGAAUGGAUACAAAUGAAACCAUACAAACGAGAAAGAAAAAUACUUUGUAAGCAGACGAAGUCUGAUUUGCUUCGUGCCGAGUGCAUACAAGUAAACGGGGCUGGCGCAUUGUUGUGACAAAGGAUUUCUCAGGGGGACGGUGUUGCGG